UAUCCACUGUCAGCCUAGUGCUAAGACACUAAGGAGCAUUGUUCUGAUGCACUGAUCUUGAGAUGCAUGCAUUCACACAGUUAAGGUUUCUGUUUUGUCUUCUUUUUGUGAAAAAGUGUACAUCACAAGGUUGGUGGCUCAGUCCAGAAAAUGGACCAACCUGCAAACCAGGGACAUGUGGAGAAAACGAUGAAACGUGUGAAUGUUCACUGACAAUUGAACACAGGCUUACCAUGAUGACGACAAACCCUCCCUUACUAGUUCUACCUACCAACGGGCGUCUUCGUUUUUAUAAUACUUCAAGUAUAAUGCCUGAUGAAAAGAUGUCAGAGGUUAUAACGUGUGAUGGAUAUGGAUCUCGCCUUGUUAUAGCUAUCAAUGGAAAGUUUCCUGGUCCUGAAAUUGUUGCAUACGAAAAUCACAAAAUGAUCAUCCAUGUUCGAAAUUUAAUGCACACAGAUUCCACUACGAUUCAUUGGCAUGGCAUGCAUCAAAAAGGAACUCCAGGAUCUGACGGUGUUGCCUUUAUCAGCCAGAGUCCUAUCUUACCUGGACGUACAUUUACCUACAAAUUUACAGCUCAGCCACAUGGAACCAGUUUUUACCAUGCACACAUUGGCGACCAACGAAGCAUGGGAUUAUAUGGAGGACUCAUAAUAUAUCCAAGAUAUAAGUUCUACUCACAGCCUCAAGUCGGAUUUACUGUUAUAAUUCAGGACUGGAAUCAUGAUGAUGAACCAGAGGCCUUGUAUCAGCGAAUGCUUAACGGUGUCUAUAAUCAAGAUAAAAAAACAUACAUUGAACCAACCAAGUCUAUUGAUGGCGCUAAUUUUAGCAGAUUUCAUAUGCAUUCUGGUUUGAUUAAUGGAAAAGGGCGCUUUUACAGUUAUAACAAUGCGUUGAACCACAAUGGAGCGCCCCUUGAAAUGUUUGAAGUAGAACAUGGACGGUCAUAUCGGUUUCGUGUAAUCAGUGCAGCCACCUUGUAUCCAUUUCGAGUUUAUGUUCAAGGUCAUCACGAACUGAAUAUCCGUGCGACGGACGGUUUUGAAAUAGUUCGUGGCACUGGGAGUGAAAGCAGAGAUCUGAUAGUGGAAUCCUUUAUCAUUCAUCCCGGCGAGAGGUACGACUUUACAUUUUUAGCAAAUCAGGACCCAGAUAUUUAUCUUCUAGUAGCCGAAAGUAUUGAAGACCUUAGAACGAAAAAUCCUCCAGAAUAUCAUGCAGCAGAAGCGUUAAUUCGGUAUAAAGGGAAUGCAAAAACCACGAAGGACAGAGAUAACGGACAGGGUCACUGUACAUAUAAUAAGCCAUGCAUGAUAUUUAACUGCCCAUACCUUUAUUAUCCAACAUCCACUAAUCUAAAAUGUUUAAAAUUUGAUCAAGCAAACAGCUACGAAUAUUCGUCGAAGUUUAAGGAAGUUGUAACUGCCGACGAAACACUUUUCUUUAAUUUUGCAUUUCCUGGAGAGCCAGGAAACACACCAGGCUCAGUCAAUGGACAUCAAUUUAUAUCUCCUACCUAUCCAAUCCUUACAAACGAAGCGGCACUAACUACGCCCUGUAAAACUAGUGAAUGUGGACAGGACAAAAUAUGUAGCUGCACUUACAACGUUGAAUUGUCUUCUGACAGGGUUUAUCAGUUUGUCUUAACUAAUCUAGGUAUUGGGAGAGGGUGGUCACACCCUGUUCAUCUACACGGUCAUUAUUUUUAUGUUGUGAAAAUGGGAUUUGGAACCUAUGAUGAAUCAACAGGGAAAUUUUUGCUGUCAUCCACUGAUAUUGAAUGUCUAGGUAACAAAAGCUACUGCAAUGAGGCUCAAUGGGCUAACAGUAGUUGGACAGAUAACAAUAUUCCUGGUCUUCAGUUGGAUUAUCCUCCUGAGAAAGACACGAUUAUCGUUCCCACGGGUGGGUAUGUUAUUAUUCGUUUUAAAGCUGACAAUCCUGGUGCCUGGUUUUUCCAUUGCCACAUCGACCUUCACAACACAAAUGGAAUGGGAAUGGUAUUUUUAGAAUCCAAAGACAAAUACAAAGGUUUAAGCAACUCUGGGGCUACAAACGAAUAUCGAAUUCUUCGAAAAAUUAUUCUGAUAACAAUAUUGAUGGUAGUUGUUCCGCUGUAUUGAACAAAACAACACGAAAAGAUCAUUUUGAAAGAAAGCCCAGACGAUUUUUUCU